AUGUUUGAGCCCGUCGAGGGAGAAGCGAAGCCGAAGCCACAGCGAUUGUUUCUGCACGAUGAUGCGACAAAGAGUGCCAUCCAUGGACAGGGGUUUCUGGGGGGGCGCCUGGCUCGUACUCUCGUGUCUGUCUACCCGGUUCUGUGGAAAUUGGAAAGCAAAAAAAACGCAGACGCCACGUCUACACCGGCCCGGCCCCCCGAUGAACGGUUUGCCAGCCGCGGCAAAAAAGAAGCCAUGCAGGCUCUCCGAGACAUGCUCGGGAUCCUCUGGAGCGGCUCCCUCUCCCCGAGGCAAGGGCAGCCUCGACUAGAUCUACAUGGAGGAAACGGUGAGACAGACAAGGGGCGUCGGACCCGAGAGCCGUGGGGGCGUGAAUGCAGUCCGACGGGCAAUAUCCGUUUACUAUCUCUUGGGGGCCGUUGCUCAUCUGACAAGCCUUCUCUCCCCCCCAGCCAGCCAGCCACCUCAGAGAGAGAGACACACACACACACACACGCCGUCGCUCCCGCGCGCGGCGCCACCCUCUUUGGGGGUUACAUGUGGCGAGCCGCGCCCGGCCCCCCCUUUGGCUCUCCCUUGCAGGACUUCCCUUUAGUAUAA